UAGGGUUGGGCUGGAUUGGCCCCCACAUCAAUGCAGUCCAAUUCGUGUAUCCCCUAGAACGACGACGUUUCGAAAAGAACUCUCAAAGACUCUACACCGGUAAAUGAGAGAUGGAAGACGAGAUAAACGGCGCCGUUCCAUGCUCCUCCCUCGCCGUUGAUUCAAUCCUCCGUGUCGGAACGGCUGGUGCAAUAUGGGGUUUAUGUAUGGGUCCCUACGAUGCUCGUAAACAAGGACUUAGUGGAGUUGCUCGUGCAUCUUUUGUGGCCAAUGCAGUUGGCAAAUUCGGCUUUCAAUACGGACUUGUUGCUGGAAUCUAUAUGAUUACUCGCUGUGGAAUUCAAAGAUACCGGAGGCAGAACGAUUGGGUGAAUGGUUUGGUGGCAGGUGCUCUAGCAGGGGCAGUUUUUGCUGCUAGGACACGAAGCUGGACACAAGUAAUUGGGAUGGCUGGUCUGGUUUCUGUCUUCAGUGCUGCUGCGGACUACUCCAGAACAUCUUGAAGUGAUCUGGCUUCUGUCUUCAGCACUGCUGCGGACUAAUACAAAAUAUCUUGAAGUACUCUUGGUGGAAGCCUUUGGCUGAGGAACAAGUUUAUUCUCACUAUUUUGUUUAUUCACCAAUCAGCAAUUACAUAAGGUACUCAAACUUUUUUUCCCAAUGGUGACUCCUCAAAGAUCAAUUUGUCAAUUGGUUGACUAAAGAUUUAUUUGGUUUUUGUCUCUAGUUGACAUGAUUGAGUUUUGCUGUGCAACUCAGGCUACUAGAUGUAUUGUUAGCAUAUGUGAAAGAUCAAUGCAAUGAAUUUGAUUACGAUGUUCUGUGGAUAAAGGUUUUUGAUUGGCUCAAAGGGGGAGUCUUAAAAAUAUAGAA